AUGGCUCAGCACCAAAACGGAUAUAAUCUCAAACCUGGAAAAUACAAGCUCGCUAAGGGAUAUGAUUUAAUAGCAUAUCAUCCAAAUGACAUGGAUGAAUUUACUCCGAGAUAUUUGAUGUCAGAGCUAAAUGACAAUUCAACUUUCGUCAUGAAACGCGUAAAAAAUAGAGACGGAACGAAAGAACAAAAGCUUAUGAAUGCGGAUGACGUAGAUAGGGAAAUUGUUGAAAACGGUCUCGGAAUAUAUGAAAUGCCAGCAGAUGAGGUACAAGAAACUCCACAGGAAGAAGUUCAGAUACAACCAGACAUGGAAGAAAUAGUUCAGCAACAACAGCUAGAAGAGCCUGAAGGAAACGAACAAGUCCUUCCUUUGGAAACUAACUUCACAGAACUAGAUGAAGAUUUGGAACAGCCGAAAAAUCUUGACCCUCAACAAGAGUAUGCGGAGAAUAUGGAAUCUUUCCAAGAGUCUAAAAAAAAUUCGGCUGACAUAGUAGAAGAAUAUCGAAAAAUGUUUGCCGACAUACAAAAGACUCCAACACCAGAUGAAAAUAUUCAGCAUAGAAUGGAAGUACUGAAAGAAAAUGUACACAAAUACAACAACCCUUUUUACUUACGAGCAUUUAACGUUCAAUCUUCGGAUGAACUCGGUGAAAAUAAAAGGUUAAAUUUCAAGAAAACAUAUAGAAAUGAAACAUUGUUUAAAGUUCAUUCAGAACCUAACCAAGAUGGAAACAAACCUACUUUUGUUUCUGCAGACGAUGGAACUACAAUGAGAUGGGGUCAUAAAGCUAACCCGGAUAGGUGGUUCAUAAACUUACAACCACAAUUCCAAGAAGUUGUAGACGCAAUGGAAGUCAAUGGUGAACCAGAUAUAGCUGGUAUUUUAAGCGCGGCUUUAAUGCCAUUGAAAGAUAUGAAACAUGCAGAUAUUUUGGACCAGUAU